AAUUAAAAACAAGUACCCACUCUUUUUGAGAAUGUGCUUAUAAAAGUGAGCUAAAACAGAAAUAAAACAGAGUGUAAUUUAAUCUAUUAUCAUCAGCUGUCUGAAGGUAUUUUGAAUUGAAUUAAAAUUAUUAAACAUGGGAGAUCAUGUCUUGUCUGAAGAGCAAAUUUCUGAGUUUCAGGAAGCUUUUUGUCUACUUGACAAAGAUGGUGAUGGUCGAAUUACGUUUGAUGAGCUGGCAACGGCGAUCAGAUCACUUGAUCAAAAUCCAACAGAUGAAGAAUUACAAUGCAUGAUCAGUGAAGUUGACGUUGAUGGUAACGGAACUAUAGAAUUUGGGGAGUUUUUGAAUCUUAUGGCAAUAAAAAUGAAGGAAAGUGAAGCAGAAGAGGAACUUAAAGAAGCAUUCAAAGUUUUUGAUAAGGACCAAGAUGGAUACAUUUCACCUAAUGAGUUGAGGCACGUAAUGAUAAACCUAGGAGAAAAGUUGACGGAUGAAGAGGUAGAACAGAUGAUUAGAGAGGCAGAUUUGGACGGAGAUGGUCUUGUUAAUUAUGAAGAAUUUGUUAGAAUGAUGCUUAAUUGUUAGUUAGCUAAUUGAUCAUAUUCGAGAUUAAUUAUCGUUGCUAUUGGUUUUAAAUUUUAAUAACCAUAUGUUUCAUUCAUAUA